CAUAAAAAUUUAUAUGAAAAGCAUAACUAAGCCGAGUACACGUAGUACCGAUAUGUUUGGAUAUGUUUGCAUGAGAAAUGCUGGAAAUUGCCAAUUGUUGAGGGAAAAGUGACAAAGAGUGUUGAAAGCGUGUUUUUUUAGAAUUAAAAACCAAUUGUGUGCAUUAAAAGUAAUCAGAAAUUUACGUGAAAAAUAAGUUAGUUGGAAAAGUGACUGAAUGUUGUUGUAAUUUUAUAAACAGUGCAACAUUUAUGUGAGAUAAAUGUGAAAAAUAAAUAUAACAAAUGAAAGGCGCACAAAAAAUAAAUAUUUUUGUUGAAAAAUCGAAAGAAAAAAAAAUUAUUGCGAAAAUUUGAAACGGUUUUUUGUGAUUAAAAAAACUUUUUUUGCCCAAGAGUUCAUAUCUAUCGACGACAAAAGUGUAUUCUGUGCAGCAGUUAAAGAAAAGUUCGUUCGUACAUUUUUAUAAAAAAUAUAAAAUAUAUUUGUUAAAGAGUGCAGUGUGUUCUUUUGCCAUUAAGAGUUCAUAAUUGAAAUAUAAAGUUUAUAAAUAAAAUCAAAGUUGAUUUUUUGCUCAAGUGUUUAGCGUGUAAACACAGUGAAAAGAUAAACAAAUCAUCAAAAAUAGGAUUAAAUACCGAAAAAUCUAAAACAUUUGGAUAUAAAAGCGCCAGCUCAAAGCCACAAGGUAGACUACGAACACCAAUUUGAAAUAGCUAAUUUCUGCAGAACAUUUACAAAAAAGAAGCAAUAAUUAAAGUCGUGUAUUAAGCUCUCCGUUAAUACAAAUCGCAAAUGUACGCGUGUCCGGUAAAUUUAUUGGAACAUUCUUGAACUGAACUUAAAACUCAACAUCCGUAAAGGAUACUAAAUAAAUUCUCAACGCGAGAAUAUUGGAAAAUGUUGGAUCGUUGCGAAAUGCCGAUUCAAAUAGACAACGAUAAAUUGCGGCGCGUCAGCGCUGUUGUCGAUCGCGACAAUCGUAUCUCGAAUUCACGCCUCGAUCUGCCCAAUGUGUGCAACGGGGGCGUUGGUGGCAUAACGGUUGGUGGCAAUGGCACAACGCGCGGCUCAUCGCGCUCCAGCCGUUGCCUCGACGUGCACAACAAUCAUGUGAACAACAGUCACAGCCAUAGCCAUCACAAUGGACAUCAUCAGCGCAGCCCGACUACAGGCAACAACAACAACAAUAACAGCAGCAACAAUAAGAGUAACAACAGCAGCACUAAUACCAAUAACAAAGCGCAACAAAAGCAACAACAGCUACAGACGACUGAUGCGACUAGCCAUAACAUAACUAGCGGUAACAACAACAACAGUAACGGUCACAAUAAUUUAAGUAAUCACAACAACAACAUUGGCUCGCCAGUAUCAUCGACAACGAUCUCCUCGCAUGGCAACAGCACGACCAGCGGCGGCGAGCGCGGCUCAUCGACCAAGUCGAACAGCAGCAGCGGCAGCGGCAGCAGCGACAAUAUCAAAUGCAAUACGCCGAUGUCGCCGUCAGAUCUCCUCAUGAAUUACCGCAAAUAUUUGACUGAUGUGGAACAAGAAGAGCUGAAGGUGUAUAAAGAGGUUUGGUAUUUCGGACAUAAUGCCACUAAAAAUUACAAUAAAUCUACAACGAAUGGUACAGCCAAUUUGGGCUUCGAUGAUGACAAUGGAAAUUAUAAAAUUAUCAUACACGAUCACAUUGCCUUCCGCUAUGAAAUACUCGAAGUGAUCGGUAAGGGUAGUUUUGGUCAAGUUAUACGCGCCAUGGAUCACAAAACCAAUACAUAUGUGGCCAUUAAGAUUAUACGCAAUAAGAGACGUUUCCUCAAUCAGGCUGUGGUAGAAUUGAAUAUUUUAGAUGAAUUGCGCGAAAAGGAUGCCGAUGGAUCUCAUAAUGUUAUACACAUGUUGGAUUACACAUAUUUCCGCAAGCAUUUGUGCAUUACAUUCGAGUUGUUGAGUCUCAAUCUCUAUGAAUUAAUCAAGAAGAAUAACUACAAUGGUUUCAGCAUGAGUUUGAUCAGACGGUUCUGUAAUUCGAUUGUCAAAUGCUUGCGUCUGCUCUACAAAGAGAAUAUCAUACACUGUGAUCUCAAACCGGAGAAUAUUCUGCUCAAACAACGCGGCAGUAGUUCAAUAAAAGUCAUCGAUUUUGGCAGCUCCUGCUAUGUGAGUCGCAAAAUUUACACAUACAUACAGUCACGAUUUUAUCGCUCACCGGAAGUGAUACUGGGAUUGCAGUAUGGAACCGCUAUAGAUAUGUGGAGCUUAGGCUGCAUCCUUGCCGAGCUCUAUACCGGCUUCCCGCUCUUCCCCGGCGAGAAUGAAGUCGAGCAAUUGGCUUGCAUCAUGGAAGUGCUCGGUCUGCCGCCGAAAGAACUCAUCGCCAACGCCACCCGACGCCGUUUGUUCUUCGAUUCGCGCGGCGCACCGCGUUGCACCACCAACUCCAAGGGACGCAAACGUUUGCCCGGCGGCAAGUCAAUCUCACAGAUGCUCUACUGCCAAGAUCGUAAUUUCAUCAAUUUCCUGCAACGUUGUCUCGAAUGGGAUCCCGCGGAGCGCAUGACACCCGAAGAAGCGGCACACCACGAAUUCCUGCAACCUACCGCCGCCAGUCGUCAUCGCAGCUGUCGCAUGACAAACUCUUCAUCCACAGGCGGUCUCAAUAAUAGCUCAUCACAAAAAUCAUCCUGCUACAGUUUCACCGAAGUCUCGCCACCCUCAAAUGCCACAGCCAGCAACACGACUACCGCCAACAGUGGUGGUGGCGGUGGCGGCGGCAGUGGUAGUGGCAACGGCGGCGCCGUGGUGGCAUCCAUCACCAGCACCACAGCGGUCAGCAAUGCGGCCAUCACCACGACAACGAGCAAAGCGACUACGACGACACAAUCGCGCAGCAGCGCACUCACACAGCAUGCGCACCACGCUAGCUCCUCUGGUCAUCUGCCCGACAUCAAGCUCAGCGCCAGCGACAAGUAUAGCAACAUGCAAAAGGUGGCCGUGCGCUCGAAGAUCACCUCGUCGGUGUCCGAUUUGGACUCGGUGCCGCAAUAUGCCUUGCAUCGCAGCAUCUACGGCGCCGGUGGACUGACGCAUAGCGGCACAGCAGCGCGCAAGCAUCUCAUCACAAGCGGCACCAUAGCCACCAGCUCCAGCAAGUAUGGCUUGGGUUUGGGCGCUGGCAGUGGCAGUGGCGGCGGCGGCGGCAGUCAUAGCCAUCUCAUGCAUCAGAGCACAACGCUGGGCAAUGUGUCGUCGCAUCAUGGCAACGGUCAUGGUAACGCUCACAACGCCGUUGGCGGCGGCAGCGGUGGUGGCGCCAACAGCAACAUGUCACACUCACAGUCGACGGGCGACGUGUCGGCGAUCUUCGGACGUGCUUGACUUCGCGCGCGACCCACAAAACUUGAGCUCAAAAAAUGCAAACUAGUCAAUAUGGUGGAUUUUUGGAGCUAGAAGUGGAAGUAAGCGGCGCCAUCGGCGGCAAGUGCUUGGCGGGGGGCGCGUAUGCGGUGGACAUGCAGUGCUCGAAAAGGAGUUAAGAAAUACAAUAAUUAUGACUAGUAGUUUUGUGUGUGUGUGUGUGUGAGUGUUUGUGUGCGCGCUGUACUUUGUAUGCCUUUGUAGGUUGCUCAUACGCCCGGGCAAAUGGUUUUUGUCAGGCUCAGCGCUGCAUAUGCCUCAUUAUGAACACACACAAAUAUAUAAUAUAAUAUAAUUUCCAAACUGAAUUUUGCGUAAAAUAAUUAUGACUUGUGUGCAUAUUGCCAGACUUAAAUAUACGUUGACUAUUAGAUAGGCGUGACGGGGCGCUAGGAAAGAAGUUCGAAGCAAAAAAAAAAUUCAGUAAAUUAGAAUUUUAUUUAUUAAAAAAUAAAAUUGAGAAAAUUGAUCUUAUAAAAAUUAAAAAAAAUUAUUUCUGAGCAUUAAUUUGUUUUCAACAGUUAUGAUUUAAAAUUUAAAUGGAAAUUUUUUUAUUUCUUUCCUUUGUUUAAUUUUUUUAUUGUAAUAUACAAAAAUUAUAAAAAAUUACAUUAUUUCAGAUUAAUAAAAAUUUUGAAAAAAAUAUUCAAAAUUAGUGUCCUUUUUUCAAAUUAAAAAAUUAUCUACGAAAAAAAUUUAAAAAAAAAUGUUGAAAAAAUUAAAUUAUAUACGAAAAAAAUUAAUAUUCGAACAAAAUUAAAUUAUGUAUUAAAAAAAUUAAAAAAAGAAAUUAAAAUUCGAAAAAAAUAAUUUUUCGAACAACUUUCCCUGCUCCCUGCUCUCGUCUAUUUGACGAACGUUUUUACAAUAAAAAAUUGUACGUGCACACUUUAGCUAUAUAAUUUGAAGUUAUGUAUGUUUGUAUUUGUAUGAGUGUAUUGGAAGGAAUCUUAAUUACAUCUAUGUAUGUAUAAUAAUUAUUAUUAGUGUAUGUAGUUGUUGUAAGUUGCGAAUAUAGUAAACCAUAGUAGUUAGCAAGUGAGUUACAAUGAAAUAUAAACGAAAAAUGAAAUAAAACAAAAUAAAAAAUAUCUCAGUAUAGAAACAAAAAAAUAUAACAUUAAUUAUUAAUAAAAAAAAUUAUUAAAAAAAGUGUGGAAUUAAGAAAUUUUAACAAAAAAAUUAAAACAGUAAUUUUAAGUCUAUAAAAAUGUGACAACAAAUUUUAGUACGUAAACAUAUUAUUAACAAAAAAAAUUACAACAACAUAUAAGAGUUUUUGUGAAUUAGUAAAAACAAUGAAAUAAAAACAUUUUACUAAAAAUACAUAAAAUAUGUAAAGAAGCAUUCAAGCAAAAAUAUAUGCUAAAAAACAACAAAAAAAAACAACAAAUAACUGUAUGAGAGUAGAGAUUUGCGUUUGCCACAUGCAACAUGGCGUUGCCGCAAAGUAAUUGUAUAUAAGUCAAAGGGUUUUUAGUAAUAAUUUUAAUGCAACUUCAUGAAGCAAAUGUUAACGCAGUGUUUUGGGUGAAUAUUUAAUUAAGAAUCAUAUAGAAAAAAAUUAAUAAAAGUCUUGGCAUAAAACUAAAAUCUUCCAUAUUUUUAGUUUCACUGCUUUUAGUAAAUUUUUACAUAAACUGCCUUUGAUUAUAUGUAAAUAAAUACAAUGACAUACCACUAAAUACACAUAUGCUGUCACAUAAAUGCGUCAAGCAUACGAUAAAAGUAGUAAUAAAGCAAAUAUAAACUUAAAUAAAUAUCUUAGCAUGCAUCACAAACUAUUCUAGAAGCAUAUCCAAUAAGGCGUUGGCAUAUUUUGUAAGAAAGAACAACAAACACUGCUGAAAAAAUACAUUUCCUGUUUAUAAAAAUACUUUUAGGCAUAAAUAAAUUUUUUUGGCUUAGAAAACAAUGCUAAAUUUCAGUGUAAUAAAAUUUUAAUUACUUGAAAAAUAAAUUUUGGUUGUAAAAAAAAUA